AUGGUGUCCGGCGGCAGGAGCAGGGAGGAGCGGUGGAGCCUCGCCGGCGCGACGGCGCUCGUAACCGGCGGCAGCAAGGGCAUCGGGCACGCGAUCGUGGAGGAGCUGGCGGGGUUCGGCGCGCGUGUGCACACGUGCUCACGCAACGCGGCGGAGCUGCAGGAGUGCCGCCGGCGGUGGGAGGAGAUGGGGCUGCAGGUCACCAUCUCCGUCUGCGACGUGUCCGUCCGCGCCGACCGCGAGGAGCUCAUGGCCACCGUCGGGGCCACGUUCGGCGGCAAGCUUGACGUGCUCGUCAACAACGCGGGGCAGACGCUGUUCAAGCCGGCGGCGGAGUCCACCGGCGAGGACUACGCGCGGAUCAUGGCGACCAACCUGGAGUCGUGCUUCCACCUCAGCCAGCUCGCGCACCGCUGCUCCUCGCUCACGCGGAGCCUCGCCACCGAGUGGGCCGGCGACGGCAUCCGCGUCAACUGCGUCGCGCCGGGCGGCGUCAAGACUGAAAUCAGCACCGAUAUGACAAUAGACCCUGAGCUAGUGAAGAAUGAAAUGGCACGGCUGCCGAUGGGGAGGAUCGCCGAGCCGGAGGAGGUGGCGUCCAUGGUUGCCUUCCUCUGCAUGCCCACGGCGUCCUACAUGACCGGCCAGGUCAUCUGCAUCGACGGCGGCCGCACCAUAUCUUAG